ACGAAUGCUCCGGCUCUAGACACCCGGCUGUUAAGAUGGCGGCCGCCAGGAGCUGCGCUCUCUGGAGCUGCUGCGGCCGUGGGUGGUCGCAGGUAACGCCGGGCCGCCAGCUCCCCGGACUUCGUAGCUCCUGGCCCGGGGACCCGCUGGGUGUGCGGCUUUUGUCCCAAGAGAAGAAAGCAACGGAAACGCACUUCGGGUUUGAGUCUGUGUCGGAGGAGGAGAAGGGAGGCAAAGUCUACCAGGUGUUUGAAAGUGUGGCCAAGAAGUAUGAUGUGAUGAAUGAUGUGAUGAGUCUUGGUAUCCAUCGUGUUUGGAAGGAUUUGCUGCUCUCAAAGAUGCGCCCCAUUCCAGGCACCAAGCUGCUAGAUGUUGCUGGAGGCACAGGUGACAUUGCAUUCCGGUUCCUUAAUUAUGUUCAGGCUCAGCAACAGAGAAAGAAGAAGAGGCAGUUAAGGGCCCAACAAAAUUUAUCCUGGGAAGAAAUUGCCAAAAAGUACCAGAAUGAAGAGGAUUCCUUGGGCGGUUCCCAUGUCAUGGUCUGUGACAUCAACAAGGAGAUGCUGAAGGUUGGAAAGAAGAAAGCCAUUGCACAAGGACACAAAGCUGGACUUGCAUGGGUACUGGGAGAUGCUGAAGAACUGCCCUUUGAUGAUGACAAGUUUGAUAUUUACACCAUUGCCUUUGGGAUCCGGAAUGUCACACACAUUGACCGGGCACUCCAGGAAGCCCAUCGGGUCCUGAAACCAGGAGGACGGUUUCUCUGUCUGGAGUUUAGCCAAGUGAACAAUCCCUUCAUAUCCAGGCUGUAUGAUCUAUAUAGCUUCCAGGUAAUUCCUGUCCUGGGAGAGGUCAUUGCAGGAGAUUGGAAAUCCUAUCAAUACCUCGUAGAGAGUAUCCGAAGGUUCCCAUCUCAGGAAGAGUUCAAGGAGAUGAUAGAAGAUGCAGGUUUUCACAAGGUGACGUACGAAAGUCUGUCAUCAGGCAUCGUGGCCAUUCAUUCUGGCUUCAAACUUUAACUCUUUUCCUGCCAUGGAGUGUGAAUCUUUCAUAUCCUGUUAAAAGCCUGGAACUGAAGGAUAAUCUGGCAAAUGAGACAGCAGCAGAGUGUCUCCUAAGGAUAUGUGCCUUGGCUCAUGUUGUGAAUCAGCCAGUCUCAAAGUAGAAGAAACAAAUUUCUGUCACUUUUUUACAGCUUUCAUUGGAGCUGCUUCAGGCCUCCCAGCAGUGUAUGGUCUGUAUUUUUGCUCAGCUCCCGCUAAUUUUAAUUUCUCUUGGCUGUGGAGCAUGUGGUUAAGGUAAAACCAACACUGACAUGCAGUUUUGAAGUGUAUUUGUAGCUUCUCUGCUGGUGCUGCCUUUCUGAAGGAUAAUGGAUCAUUUGAGCCCAAUGAUGAUUUGAACCAGAAAACUUCCUAACUGUACCUGAAUCAAACUUUCAGCCUUGGACGGAGUCUGGGGCCAAAACCCAAGGUCCAAGUCAGAGGGCUAACGAUCACUACUAGAAUUGUGUAAUCAGUAAAUGUGUUUACAAUUUGA